ACCCCGCGCGCGGGCGGCCCGCGGCGGACGCACACCAGAGGACCGGCUCCCGGAGUAAGCGAGACCGGCGCGCCCUACCCCGCGGGUCCCGAGCACACGCGUGACAGCCCCUGCCGGGCUGGCGCUCAGUGUCGCCGGCCCGGAUGGCCCCCGAGACCCCGGCCCAGGGGCCGACGCCGCGCUACUUCACCUGGGACGAGGUGGCGCAGCGCUCCGGGCGCGAGAAGGAGCGGUGGCUGGUGAUCGACCGGAAGGUGUACAACAUCAGCGAGUUCACCCGCCGGCACCCCGGGGGCUCCCGGGUCAUAAGCCACUACGCCGGGCAGGAUGCCACGGAUCCUUUUGUGGCGUUCCACAUCAACAAGGGCCUUGUGAGGAAGUAUAUGAACUCUCUCCUGAUUGGAGAACUGUCUCCUGAGCAGCCCAGCUUUGAGCCCACUAAGAAUAAAGAGCUAACCAAUGAGUUCCGGGAGCUGCGGGCCACAGUGGAGCAGAUGGGGCUCAUGAAGCCCAACCAUGUCUUCUUCCUGCUGUACCUGCUGCACAUCCUGCUGCUGGAUGUUGCUGCCUGGCUUACUCUUUGGGUCUUUGGGACGUCCUUCGUACCCUUCCUCCUCUGUGCAGUGCUGCUCAGCACAGUUCAGGCCCAGGCUGGCUGGCUGCAGCAUGACUUUGGGCACCUGUCCGUCUUCAGCACCUCUACAUGGAACCACGUGCUACAUCAUUUUGUGAUGGGCCAACUGAAGGGGGCCCCCGCCAGUUGGUGGAACCACUUGCACUUCCAGCAUCAUGCCAAGCCCAACUGCUUCCGCAAAGACCCAGACAUCAACAUGCACCCCUUCUUCUUUGCCUUAGGGAAGAUCCUCUCUGUGGAGCUUGGGAAACAGAAGAAGAAGUACAUGCCAUAUAACCACCAGCACAAAUACUUCUUCCUGAUUGGGCCCCCAGCCUUGCUGCCUUUCUAUUUCCAGUGGUAUAUUUUCUAUUUUGUUAUCCAGCGGAAGAAGUGGGUGGAUUUGACCUGGAUGAUCACCUUCUAUGUCCGCAUGUUCCUCACUUAUGUGCCAUUGUUGGGACUUAAAGGCUUCCUGGGCCUUUUCUUCAUUGUCAGGUUCCUGGAAAGCAACUGGUUUGUGUGGGUGACACAGAUGAACCAUAUCCCCAUGCACAUUGAUCAUGACCAGAACAGGGACUGGUUCUCCACCCAGCUCCAGGCAACAUGCAACGUCCACAAGUCUGCCUUCAAUGACUGGUUCAGUGGACAUCUCAACUUCCAGAUUGAGCACCAUCUUUUCCCUAUGAUGCCUCGACACAAUUACCACAAAGUGGCUCCCCUGGUGCAGUCCCUGUGUGCCAAGUAUGGCAUAAAGUACCAGUCCAAGACCCUGUUCUCAGCCUUUGCCGACAUUGUCCACUCACUGAAGGAGUCCGGGCAGCUCUGGCUAGAUGCCUAUCUUCACCAAUAACAGCAGCCCCCCAUCUGGAAGAGGAGCCUCUGGAGCCAAAGCAGAGGGGAGCUUGAGGGUCAAUGCCACUACAAUUCUAAUAUCCAGAGGGGGUGGGUUUGAGGAGAUAAAGGUUCUGACUCAAACCUCCCCCCGCUUUAUCUUCUAGGCACAGAUCUAAGACCCAAAAAGGGGUGGGGGAAUAGGCAGGCCCCCGGGAAGGAGGGAUGGAGCCAUUGGGGUAGGGAUGUGAGAGUUUUGUUGCUUCCUUUUUCUAGUUGGGCACAUGCAGAUGGUUGCUGAGCAAAGAGGGAGUCAGGAGGGUGUUAGAAGAAUAGGGAGGACUGACUGAGCCCAGAAAUCAGGAAGAGGUUCAGCACCAAAAUUCCACCCAGGAAAGGGAAAAAUGCAUCUCACUGGUCCACUUCUCAGUGCCUUCUCCACCCUUCCUUGCAAAUCUGAGGUUCAGAGGCUGGAGGGGAGAUAGGGCAGCUGAACCUUUUGAGCAAGACUUAGAAAGAAAACUUUAGUGCUUAGAAUUCUGAGACCUGGCACGACACAGUGCCUGGGAGCUCAGCUCACUCUCUAGGGCUAGAUGUGCCCUAUGUCUGCCUCAGGCUCCCAGAGAAGCAAUUUUCCCACUUUCAGAAGCAGGCAGGGCAAUGGCUAGGACUGUGGUUAUUAGAGACAUUUGACACUAAAGGAUCCUGGCACUACUGAUAUUGGUCUCAUGUUCCAUCCAGGGUACUGAGGGAGCAUUAGAUCCUAGGUCUUGCCAAAACAGCUACCAGAGAGAGUUGCUGGCCAUUAAAAAUCCCUUCAGCUUUUGACUCACUCUAACCACCACCCAAGGAAGAGAACACUUCGUGCUCCACAAACAAGUGAGCAGAUGGGACAACUUAGUCUUCUCCCUAGAAACAAAUGGGGUUCCCAGGGGUUCCCUUUUGCUUCCCUGCCCGUAAUUCCAAGUUUAAUAAAAUAGCAGUCAGUGAGCACAAGUGACAAAGCUGGAGAUACUGAAUUACCAGUCAUGAGGAAAACACAAGUUUCAGUCACAAAGAAUGUAAAGGCUGUAAGAAAUUUUCUAUAACUUAAAUUAUGUUAUAGCAUUACUUUUGAGUAGGAGCAGUGGGUUAAAUAUAAUCACUUCAUAGUUCUAAACCAGAAAUAGGAAGAUAAAAACACAAAAGUUUGUGAUCAUCGUUGUUAGGCAUCUUUCUCUGUUGGAGAUUAGGUAGGAAUUUAGGAUAAUCUCUUUAAAAGUAUAUCAGUCUAGGGGCCAGCCCAGUGGCACAGUGGUUAACUUCAUGCCCUCCACUUCAGCAGCCCGGGGUUCACAGGUUUGGAUCCUGGGUGCGGAGCUACGCACUGCUUAUCAAGCCAUGCUGUGGCAGUGUCCCACAUAAAAUAGAGGAAGAUGGGCACAGGUGUUAGCUCAGGGCCAGUCUUCCUCAGGAAAGAGAAGGAUUGGCAAUAGAUGUUAGCUCAGGGCUAAUCUUCCUCACUAAAAAAAAAGUGUAUCAGUCUAAUACUGAAAUAUGAUUUUUUAAUUUCCGGGUUUUUAAAAGAUAAAAAGUUUAACCCAUCUCUAGAGAGCAAACAUAGGAAUGUGCCCCAGGAGUCUCACCUUGACUCCCAGGGCUUGUCAGUUGCAUUCACACCCUCUUCCCUCCCCACUCCCACAGCCUUUCGGUUCAGGUGAGGGGAUUAUCUGCCUGUUCAACAUCAUCUAUUCAGCAUAUUGACCAUUUUGGACACUGGGAGGAGAGAACCUCAAACCAGAAGGAAAAAGCAGAGCCCCAGAAGAGUUCACAUUUAGUUUUAGGAGAGAAUGGCAAUCAGGGAGAUGAAGGUCCUAAGGCAUGUUGGGAUGGGGUUAAGGCACCACCUAUGGAAAGGCUGUGGUGAUUACUUAGAAAUUUGUUAAAACAAAGACAAAAAGAUUUAACAAAAAAAAAAAAAUGAGGUAAACGGGUUGCAGAAGAGUUUAAAUCUUUUCCAUUUGGGCAGAACCUGGUUUAAAACAGCCUGGGUAGACAAAUUAGAAGAACUGAAGAGUUCUACUUUCAUUGGCUUCCUCACUCCAGAAUAGGUGCUGAUCCUUCCCCAUCCCUGUUCCCUGCUACCUAAGUUUUGGGUGUGGUGUCACCAGCCUGUCAAGCGAUCUGGCUGUGGCCCCAGGCUACCCAAUCUGAGCAAACCCAGUGAAAUUUGAGCCAAAGUUCAGGUCCUCAAAGCACCUCAACCACUGUGGCCUUCUCUCCUUAGCCUAGACCAGUGUGGUCUCACAUGGCCACAAAGGGACACACCAGUGACAAAAAGCGCAGACUGUUACAAUGGUAACACAAGUGAUCUCAAAUCCAAUGACAGAUAAGAAAACAGGCUUAGAAAGGACAAGUCACUUCUGGUCACAGAUUGUGACAGAACUAACAUUUUAACUCACUUUUUUAGAACUCCAACUUCUACAUUUAUCUUUGUUAUUUUCAUCCUCCUACCACUUCACCGGUGGCAUUCUCUUUGAUUAGACUGGAUAUCAGUAUUUUUGUGUGUGCCAACUUUGUUACCACAUCCCCAUGAAGUAAUACUGAGAAAUAAAAGUUGAUUUUGACCCAA